AUGAUGCCUUGUUCCAUUUGGCUUAAAUUCAAAGACGACAAAUUGUACGAGCUCUUCAAUCUAACAGUCUUCACACGCUCAAUUGUGGUAGCACUAAAUAAAGAAUGCAAUGCGAACCCUGACUCAUGCCUUUUUAGCAAAAGCCCUGCGUCUAUCGUCAAACGCGCUGUAAAUGGCCCGUUUACACAAGAAGACAUCUACAUUCCCUCUGAUCCAAAAGAAGUUGAUGAAGGAACCCAAGUUGAGUAUGCUGUGGUUAAAAGAGGCGAACCUGAGCCGGUGUCAGCUUCAUUCGUCGCUGAUGUGACCAAAAAGAACGCAGCGGCAAUUGGACGUAAAAAUGGAGGGGAUGUACUCUCAGUUAAACAGAAAUCAGUCAUAAAAUCCACGCCCGCGCCACAAUCCGGACGAUCGAAUGCAGGAGUGAUUACUGGGGUAGUCGUAGCUUUGGGGCUUGUUCUCAUCACGGUUGCCUUGGCCGUCUGGUAUUUCAGAAUGAAGAGGACAGGUAAAUUAAACUUGCCUUAUGUGAGAGAAGUAGACGAGGACGAGUCGAAACGUCGCACCACGGCCUUUGAAAAUCCGGGAUACGACGGCGCCGGUACUGGAGACUACGACGACAUACAUCCGGAGGUCUUCUCUCCGUUUCAAGAAACGACAGAGGCCAGUGGAGUGUCCAAUCCAAUCUAUGCUGAGAUAGGUAUGACUAAAAUGUCCUCUUCCGAGGAUAUCAAACGAGACGAGGCUAACGGUGAGUCCGUUGAUCAAAGCUACGCUUCCCCAGGCGAGCUGCCCAAGAAGGAACCACUUCCAGACGAUAAAGAAGCAAAGCCAGAGUUCGUGGAAAUCAUUGUUCAGGGGGAAGCAUCCAAACAAGAAGAUCCACGAUACGUUUCUUUGUCUUUUGGUAAAGAAAAAGAAGCCAAGAAUGACCAUACGGCAAAUGAAAAGGAAAAAGAAGAAGACCGAUACCAAACACUGACAGGAAAUGAUGGUGGACGGACCGCGGUGAUUUUGGAAGAGAACAAACAGCCUAAUGAUCAAUCACAAUCUUAAAUCGAUAUUCCCUGGAUUUAGUCAGCGCCAAUUAGACACCUUAGAGGACACUUAAUUAAUUAAAAUUGAUUAAACCUUAAA